AAAUUCGUGUUUUGAUUACCGAUAUUCUCAUCGAGUUGGGCGCUGGAAUGCUAGGUUAGAAUGAUUAAGCAUAUCAACAAUAGGUGUUAUUUUUAUGAAGACGUGCAUAUAAAGUGUAAAAUAUUCAUUUUGCCUAAAGAUAAAAAAUUCGGGUUUAUAAAAUAUAAUGAAUGAUUGCUUACACUAGCUUGUGUAUUGAUAGACUAAUGGGUAACGAUCGUAUAGGCAAUCGUGGUAUCGACACUUUCUCCAUGAAAGAAGUAAUUCCCACUAUACGCGAGCAUCCUCAAUACUUACUCGAUAAAGAUCAAUAAUAUCGAAAUGAAGAAACUCAAUGAGAAAUUCAAGGGCGUUCUCACGCCAGUACCGUACGUAUCCUCCUGCUCCCACCAGAUUCAAGAUGUAGUAGAGGCCAUGUCCUCUACAAGAUUCAAUCAGGACUGCGAGGAUGCAAAUUCAGACGAACCAAACAUUCAACCUGUACAAAUCUAUGGAACGAAUCUUACAGAUGACAGACCCACUCGAUUGCAUCAAAAUGAUCCAGCUGUUGUGGCAGCAGCCGCAGCAGCUGCUGCUGUCAAGUUUCGAUCAAACUAUUUACCACCCAUUGGAGUAUUUUGGGACAUUGAAAACUGUCAGGUUCCAAAAGGUCGCUCUGCAAUAGCUGUAACCAGAGUUAUUAGAGAUACAUUUUUCAAUGGAUAUAAAGAAGCAGAAUUCAUGGUUGUCUGUGAUAUACAAAAAGAAAAUAAACAAAUAAUACAAGAAUUAAAUGACGCGCAAGUAGAUUUGAUACAUGUAUCAGCCACUUGUAAGAAUGCUGCGGAUGAAAAACUUAAACAAUCCAUUAGGCGUUUUGUUGACAUACAUGGCAGCUCAGCUGCAAUUAUAUUAAUAUCAGGAGACAUCAAUUUUGCUGCUGAUUUGAGUGAUUUACGACAUCGUAAGAAGAUUCAUAUAAUUUUAUUGCACAACAAACGUACUUCUGAUGCGUUAAUACUGUGUGCAGAUGAGCACUAUGACUUUAUGCAACUUUUACAAAGUUUACCAUCCAGAAUACCAUCGAAAGUUGUAGAAUCCUAUGAUCUUCUUGUCCGUAAUCUUCCUAAUAAUAAGGAAUUGUGCGAUAUCAAACGACGACUGCACCUACUAUCAAACAAUUGUGGUGGCCGAGUGGUGCACAUUCGGCCUAAUGUUGCAAUUAUGAGAUUUAGUUCAAAAGAAUCAGUCCACAGGGCAGAGAAGCGUAUGCAAGGGGAACUUGUCUUUGGUUCAAAAAUUAUUGUGAAAUAUCCAAAGGAAAAAGAUAUAAAUAGUAUCUCUAUAAAUAAAGGAAGUAACUGUAAUUCUGAAAAUAAAGCAAACGAAUCUGAAACUGUAAACGAAAUAACGAAUGAAAUGUAUGGGGUAGCAAGUUCAAUAGCAGGUGUUAGAAACCUGCCAGGAACUCCUCAUUAUCCAACAACUUCACCAGUCAUGGGGAGUUAUUCUAGCUGGAAUGGAAUGCAUUGUGUUCCCCAAGGAGUUUAUCUUUCAUCUCCAACAUUCUCUAGGCCCUAUCUUCCUAGUGAAAGCAGUAGAUCUUACACAGAACAUAUUAGAAGUCAAUCACCUCAAAUUUGGCAAAUGACAAGUGCACAACAGCAAGUACAUCGAUACUGGGAUGAUCGAUGUAAGGUUCGAGAUUAUGCUGCUUCUGAAACAUCCACUUUUCGAUCAGUAAAAGGCCCUCCAAUCCAUAUUAGAGGUGCACCGUUUCCUCAACCAGAAUGGAGUACACCUAGACCAUUGUGGCCAGCAACAAAUCACAAUAGCUCUAAUCUGAAAGUAUUUAAUCAACAUAAACGACGGAGUCCAUCUCCAAUGUAUGCAUCUCAAAAUCAGGAUAUUAAUCAUUGGAAUGGUCAGGGGCACAAUGUAAAUACCCGACGAAGUGACCGAACUCCGUCACCAUAUGAUUUACCUAGUUUACCUAGCAACAUACAACGAACAGAUCGUAUAUCUCCAUACAGGCAAAGUGAUGCAGAAAAUGAAGAAGUUGAAAAUUUCUUCAAUCCAAUUAACAAUAGAAGUAGCAAUGGUAUUUCCAAUGGAACAUGUAUACCCAUUGAACUUCAAGUUACAAAUUUGGACCAAAAUAUUGAUCCAAAAGAUAUGAAGCGAAUUCUUUCUUCUGUAUUUAUGGAACAUGUUAUGGUAUUGCAAGUAUCAAUUUUCAUUCAAUCGGACGGAAAUUUUGCCGCUACCAUAAAAGUUCCUUCAUUAGCAGAAGCGCAAUAUGCAAUAUCUCAAUUACAUCGUCGUAAAGUUGGUUAUAAGCGUAUUGUAAUUUCGUAUGUUCAUACCAGUGGACCAAAUCCGCAAAUAGUUCGAUCUCAAAUCGUCAUGUUGCUUCAAGAAGUUCCAGGACACAAACUGCCUCUUUUUAAAUUUCGUGAGAUGUAUGAUAGCCGCUUUAUGAUAUCAGUGAGUAUUUCUGAACUGUAUAAAAUGAAGGAUGUAUGCAUUAUUACCGAUGAUUCAAAUGGAAGAAUGGUAUCACUUAAUCCUCAUCAUCGUAAUACUCCAUCACCAUGUUUAAAUACUACUUUGGAUGGCCAAUCCUUAGAGUUGCCCUACUGUACAAUUCAUGCUCAGAAACCAUGGACUGAUAAAGGUUGGGCAGAACAGGAAAUGGCAUCAUUACCUGAUAUUAAAAUAUCACUGAAGGUACUUACUGAAAGAGUUCAUAAACUUUUAUCUACACAUUCUGGUAGCUUGCCUUUACCUAGUUUUCCAAGUUGUUAUGAAGCUGAAUUUAAUAAGCCACUGCAAGCAGAUAAAAAUGGGGUACCUUUGGAACAUUUAUUGUCCUGUUUAGCGACUGUAGAGUUAAAGCAAGGUAUUAGUAGUAUAAAGCACAUAGUUUGGUCUGUAAAUAAAAGUCAUGAUGAAAGUCACGAAGAAAAUACAUGUGUUAGCCCUCCAUUAGCAAAUCAACUAGCACUUUUUAGUCGUGAACUGGUGGAUUUAUUAAAAACUGCACCACAUUGUCAACUGUCCUUCAAUAGAUUCAUUCCGGCUUAUCAUCAUCACUUUGGAAGACAGUGCAGAGUGGCAGAUUAUGGAUUUACAAAGCUGAUUGAUUUGUUUGAAGUUUUAACACACACCGUACAAGUAAUGGGUGAGGGUAAUAAAAGAGUGGUAACAUUAUCUCAUCGUGCCCAAGUUCGUCGAUUUACUUCCGACUUAAUUCGGCUUUUGAAAGCACAAGCCAGUAAACAAGUAACACUUUCAGAAUUUGCCAGUGUAUAUGCUCGAGUAAUAGGUAAACCAUGGAAUGUUACAAAUUAUGGAGUAUGUGAGCUCGAUGACAUUCUCAGUGAGGUUUCAGAGAAUACUGUAGUAGUAACCAGUUGCAAUAAUGGUGAAGAUAGAAUGAUUGCAAUUCCUAAACGAGAACAAACUGCUGAAGAAAUUAAAAGAACCAGACAUUUUGCUACAGAAGUUAUCGAAUUAUUAAAACACGUACCAAACCAGAGAAUGUUAUUUAAUAAAUUUGUACCUUCGUAUCAUCAUCAUUUUGGACAUCAAUGUCGUGUUGCAGAUUACGGCUUUACAAAACUUAUUGAGUUAUUUGAAGCUAUACCAGAUAUUGUAAAAAUGGAAGAGGAUAAUGGUGGAGAGAGAAGAAUUUCCUUAACGGAAAAAGAAGGAUUACGAGUUCUGAGUGAACAAAUUUCUAAACUAAUAUUUCGUUUCGGGAACUCUACAAAUGGCCAACUGAAUGUUUCAAAUGUAGCUCAGACUUUUCUUCAAGAAUUCGGAUAUGCAUUACGUCCAGAACUAUUUGGUUGCAGUUCAAUGUUGCAACUCAUGGAAAAACUAGAAGGCACAAUAAAAAUUGUAAAUACAAGAAAUGGUGUGGCCAUUGUAUCAGUAGAUGAAAAUCAGGUUCAGUAUUUAGGAUUGGAAUGUCGAAAGAUAUUAAUGAAUGCUCCUAACAUGUGUUUGUCUUUGAAUAAAUUUGAAAAAUAUUAUGAGAAAUUUUAUGAUAAAAAGUGUAAUAUUGAAAAACAUUUACAUAGCCUAGAAUCUUUUGUUCGGGUUUUUUCUAUGAAUAAAAAGCAUUUCUUGGAACUCACUGCAUUACAACGUUUUGCUUGUAAUGUUCAGUUUAUAUUGAUGCAUUAUAAUGGAAAAAUGAACAUGUCACUGUUUGAAGGAGCAUAUUUAAAGAUGACUGGCUAUGCUUGCGUACCUAGUGAAUAUGGUUAUUCAACGCUUUAUGCUAUGCUUCGUGCUAUACCAUGCACAGUUACCAUUAAAGAUGUACGAUACAAAGGAAAAGUGAUUCAGUUAAAUGAAAAACUUACAUCUGUUGGUUUAUUACCAUCAACCUACUUUUCUUCAAUGUCGUCUCAUCAUGAUUCAGAUUCGAGUAACGAUUCCAUUGAAAAUUAUUUUUCUAAUCGAAUGAAAUGGGAUAAUAAUUCUCGACAAUUUUCUUGGAAUGAAGACCCAAAUAAAUGGGAGCAAAAAUCAAGCCAUUGGGCCAUUUCAGGGACUGAUGAUCCUCAGAAAUGGUCUGCUUUAGAGAAUAGAAGUAAUAAUUUAUAUGAAAUUAUUGAUAAAUCUGCCACAAAUUUUCCAUCAUCUGCAAAACCAGGUUCACCAGAAAAUUCUCAGAAUAAAGAAAAUCACUGGCAGUCUUCUAUUUGGUCAACUCCUCCUAAAUUUAAGUUUAACCAAAAUAUGGAUUCUCCAACUGUCGAGGUACCACCACUGACAUUAUCACCAUUGAAGAAAAUUACCAAUACCGAAGCUUCCAAUUUGAUUUCACCAACUAAAAGUCUUUUGUCAGCCACUGCAAAUCCUUUAAAUCCUCGUAUGUCACCGUUUUUCAACAAUAAAUAUAAUUCAGUAGUUGCUCCUCAUCCAUCCGAAUUACCACUACCAUCUUUACCAUUUACUCCAAAUAAAAAUAUUAAUAUCACACAAAGCGAAGGCAAUCAGAUUUCUUCAAUAAAUAAUACAGACCUCUCAGUUUCACCUAUCACAUCGCAAAGUGAUAUAAAAUCGGAAUGUUAUAAUUCUAAUAAAAUUAGUAAUACUACACCUAGUAAGCGCUCAUUUUUUGGAAAGUGUCGUUUAGCAGCUCAAUUCAACCAACCACCUUUAGAUUCAUAA